AUGGACUACAGGAACCGAGGAGUGUCUUCAGACCAAUACGCUGUGCCCGCUUCUGCCGCGAAGAAACUCAGCCGGCUCGGUCCUGCUCGGCAGUCAAUGGCUCCUGGUCAGACACGCAUCUCUGUGACUGGAUCAAGCGCCAUGAACAAGCAAAUCGAUUCGAGAGACCUUCUUCACAGCGGCGCAAAGGGUGAUGGGGGCGUCUAUGGUCGGACCCCGCAAGCAAGCAGAGGGAUGCCAGGCAGAAGGAGUUCUGUGUUUGCUUCCAGUACUCAAGGGCGAGCUUCUCUUGCUCCCGGUGUUUAUUCGUCCACCAGUCGGGACAAUCGCCCAGUCAGAGACAAGACCUUUCAGGCGCAUUGCGCGCGCAACGUCAGCGACUACCUUGUGUCUGCUCAUUACCCGGCACCUAUCACUGCCAAGACAUUGACAUCUCCCACAGCAAAAGAGUUUCAGUCGAUCUUGAAGUUUCUAAUCAACAACUCUCUUGAUCCCGGUGCUCCUUGGAGCAAAAAGUUUGAGGACGAUACUUUGACUGUAUUGAAGGAUCUCAAGUACCCUGGAUUGGAGACUGUCAGUAAAACUGCCUUGACUGCUCCGGGUGCUCCUCAGUCAUGGCCUGUGAUGCUCGCGAUGUUGAACUGGCUAGCCGAUCUAUGCAAGGCUCUGGAUCGAUGGGACGACCCGGACUGUAUGACUGAUUUUCUCAAGCUUCCAGCCUCUGAAUUACCCCUGGACUUUCCUGGCAUAGAAGAUCGCCUACUAUGGGAUUUUUCCGCCACCACCUACGCCCAGUGGUUCGACGGAGAAGCAGAAGAGUUUCAGGAGGCUGAACAGAAACUCGAGGAGGCGUACAAGCGACUCGCCGCGGCUUCUGUCGGAGAAUGCCAGAGGCUUCAAACUCAGAUACAAAGAUAUGACGUUGAGAUGCAGCAACUUCAGACACAAGAGCCACCUCUUAAGCGUCUGGAAGACGAGUAUGUCCAAUUGAUGGGUGACAAGACCAAAUUCAUCUCAUUCUUGGAUCUACAUCGUCAAAAAGUAGACAAGGUGCAUCAACGCGUAUUGAAAGUGAAGGAAAUUGCAGAGAGCCAAGAGCAUGAACUCGACAAUCGCCGCAUGGAACUGGCCAAAAUUGAACAAGCCGUCAACGCCCAGAACCUCAGCCCCGACGAGGUCAGCCGUAUGAAUCAUGAACGCGAUACCCUGUCGCGUAAUCUCGACGAAUUGCGCAACAAGAUAGCCGAGGCGAGCCAAGUUGCCUACGACCAAGAGAUGAUGGUGACAAGAUCGAUGGAUCGGUUUGAAGCAUUACUUGCCGACUACAACGCUCUUGCGCAUCAGCUUGGGCUUAUGAGUGCGCCUGCUGAGAGUCCAUCCACCUUCACUGGCGCUGCCGACUUUGUCAUUGACCUGGACUUGGGCGCCGAGGAACUGGAAGAGAUCAAGGCGGCUGGUCUGAAUAUGCGAUCUUCUCUCUGGCAAUCACUGCAGACGUGCCGAGAGAUGUAUCGGCAAGUGGCUCUGGAAGUGGGAAACAGCGCAAUUGUCUUGGAAGACGAAUACGACAAAUUAGGCCAGGGUGUGGAAAGGCAGAAAGAAGAAGUUGGAAAUCUGGAAGUCAGGCUCAAGAUUGUGCACCAACAAGCAGACGAUGCGCAUGUCCAACUGAACACGGAAAGUGCCGAUACCAACAAAGUAAUUGCUCAAUUGGAAACCGAAGUCACGAACAUGUUGGCGGCUAGCCAACAGGGCGUUCUGUCCACCUCUUCGCAGCUUGAUAGUACAAGAAUAGCCUACAAAGAGCUUCGCCACAAAACAGCUCUCCUCCAAGAUACUGUGGUCGCUUUGAUAGGAGAGCACAUAGACGUGAUCAUCAAAGCUAAGGAGCAUGCUGCCAACAGCUUGAAGAGCAUCAGGGCGCUGGCGGAGACUCAAUGA